UGAUGUUAGGAGAAAAAGGCCAGUCAAACCUUCAAAUCACCGCUACUCCUGUGUUGGAUAUUGGUAAGAGGAAAAAGUAUAAAUAAUCGUGUGUACCUGUCUUCCAGUCACAAAAUAUAACUAGUUAGGUAGUUGCAAAAUAGCCGUGCCCAAGAAAUCCUGUCUUUUGUAGGACGACUAUCUUGGGCAUCCAGGAACUGAAAUCAUCUUUUAAUUAUUUGAGGGAAAAACGGAAAAAAAUAUUGGUGCCAAUGGCCAUGGCAGGAAUGUCAAGAUGUCAAUCUGCUUUGAUCGAGGAUGCCCUUCGAUGGGGGCUGAGAAAUUCGUGGCAUAGGGUUUGCUCAGCAGAAUUAGGGCUUGGAUCGCUUAGAAGAUAUGCAUCGUCCUCUGCUGAGGAGAAUGAUGUGGUGGUGGUAGGAGGGGGUCCCGGGGGCUAUGUGGCUGCAAUCAAGGCGGCUCAGCUUGGGUUCAAGACUACUUGCAUUGAGAAGCGCGGCGCUCUCGGAGGCACCUGCCUCAAUGUUGGUUGCAUACCUUCCAAGGCAUUGCUUCAAUCCUCACAUAUGUUUCACGAAGCCAAGUAUUCAUUUGCUGGCCAUGGUGUGAAAGUGGGACAAUUGGAAAUUGAUGUUUCCGCAAUGAUGGCGCAGAAAAUGAAGGCUGUGACUGGUCUGACAAAGGGAAUUGAAGGGCUUUUCAAGAAGAACAAAGUCACUUAUGUUAAAGGUGCUGGAAAGAUUGUAUCUGGAAGUGAAGUGUCAGUGGAUCUUUCAGAUGGUGGAAAUAGUACUGUGAAAGGGAAGCAUAUAAUCAUAGCAACUGGUUCAGCAGUUAAACCCCUUCCUGGAAUUAAUAUUGAUGAAAAUAAAAUAGUUUCAUCCACUGGAGCACUAUCACUGAAGGAGGUUCCAAAGAAACUUGUGGUUAUUGGUGCAGGAUACAUCGGCUUAGAAAUGGGUUCAGUUUGGGGAAGGUUGGGCUCUGAAGUUACCGUUGUAGAAUUUGCUUCUGAUAUUGUUCCAUCCAUGGAUGGGGAAAUUCGAAAAUCUUUCCAGAAGACAUUAGAGAAACAGAAAAUGAAAUUUAUGCUGAAGACUAAGGUGACUGGUGUUGAUGCUUCAGGACCAGGUGUAAAGCUUACACUAGAGCCAGCUUCGGGAGGUGAGCAGACAACUCUUGAGGCAGAUGUAGUUCUUGUUUCUGCUGGUAGAUCACCUUAUACAAAAGGUCUUGGACUAGAAGAGCUUGGGGUGAAGCUUGAUAAAAUGGGACGAGUGGAAGUUGAUGACCAUUUCAGGACAAAUGUUCCUGGAAUUUAUGCUAUCGGUGAUGUGAUUCCUGGCCCCAUGCUUGCACACAAGGCUGAGGAAGAUGGUGUAGCUUGUGUGGAGCUAAUUGCUGGAAAACCUGGACAUGUGGACUAUGACACUGUACCUGGAAUUGUUUACACACAUCCAGAGGUAGCAUCUGUAGGGAAGACAGAAGAGCAGGUGAAGGCUCUCAACAUUUCCUACGCAGUUGGGAAAUUCCCUUUUAUGGCGAAUAGCAGGGCCAGAACUAUUGAUGAUGCUGAUGGAAUGGUGAAAAUAAUUGCGGAGAAAGAAACUGACAAAAUCUUAGGCGUCCAUAUCAUGGGCGCAAGUGCUGGGGAGUUGAUUCAUGAAGCUGCGAUUGCCCUGCAGUAUGGAGCAUCUAGUGAAGAUAUUGCCAGAACAUGUCACGGACACCCAACACUCAGUGAAGCUGUCAAAGAAGCUGCCCUGGCAACAUUUGACAAGCCUAUCCACAUUUAGAUUUUUAAUCACAUUUGUGCUAGUUAUCAUGGAUAUAUUAAAUUUGUAUGUCGGGCUACUGGAUACCGAUCAUUCAGAUGAUUGUUUCUGUUUGACAAUGCUGUUGAACUGUUGAUUUGUCACAGUUUUGAAACAGAGUAUGACACUUUUGAGGAAGUUGCAAUUUGUCUUUGAAUAAUUGUAUUGCUUCAAAUGCAGUAGAAAUUUGAAAACGUUUGAGAUCUGAUUAGGUGA